AUGGCGGGUCAUGGGCAGCAAGGACGCGAGGUCGGCGAGUACGACUACAAAGACAUUGACCGUGACUACGAAGAUUCCGGCCUUCCUCCAUUUGUUCCCGCCUUUGGCACCCCUACUGCUCAGAUCGAGAAGCGCAAGUUCUCGAGCAAGUCAGAUGUCGCCUCGAGGCAUAGCAAUAUUAGCGAACCGGAGCGCUCCAAUGAACAGCCGAGUACGACCCCUGAAGAAGGCCAUAGAUCGAAGCGACCCAGGAUCGAAAAGGAUGGUUCUACCGCUAAGACAUCAGGGCGUCCGCGAAAGCGUACGCCAGACUCCGCAUGGCAGGGUAAUCGCAUCACCUCCCAUCUGGAUCGAUUUGGUGACAUCAGCACCGAAGAAACUUCUGAGAUACUGAGGCAAAGGAUAAGGACCAAGCAAACUGAACUUGGCUCUCGUAUCUACGGUCUUGAAGACUCCAUGAACGAGUCUUUUCGCAACCGCGUGUUCAUGGUUUUGAGUGAGGAGGCGGUGAGUAUUCCACGUCGCCCCGAGAUUCCUCUUGGAUUCCGAGUCAAGGUCAAUAUGGCGUUUUGGGAACGAGCAGUGGGGUUCUCACAUGACGAAGAUACUCCUAUCGGAGACCACGCCGCUGGCUCUGCACUGGGAAAGACCACCACAAAGCGGCGCUUGCAUAUCGUUCGUGCUAUUCUAGGCGACGACAGGUUUCUGACUACGUGUGUGGAGACUCAUGGUGAGCGAGGGCUCCACGCUCCGUACAUAUUGCCGGAUACAUACUGGCAAUGGCUACGUAUAGCUGAUGCUCGCGAACGAAACCCCACCAACCAUGGCCCUCACGGUGUUCUCAAGCUGGACACAAGCCAGGCGACGAAGCCAGCUCGCAUCUCGGAUAUGUCAUACGUGUUUGCCGGAGUUUCCACUCAAUGCACGCUGACAGAGCACUGGGAUUUCGCUGGAUACCUUGAUGAAGACAGUGUGACUCUGUUGGAAGCGCUUUUAAAGCGAGUCACAACAUCGCAACGAGAUGAAAAGAUGGAUCACGAUGUCUACCACUCUAUGGACUGGCGAGCUAUAGACGAUGGUCGAAAGGCCAAGGGCCUCGCCGCAUACCCCCGGCCUGAACGGCGGUCAUCCCCUCGUCGCACCAAGACUCCCCAACCUCUCCUGGAUGAUGACGAGUCCGACAACGAUCGUAGGCGUUUCGAUCAUCGCCGCCGCUCUCAUGAUCGACGAGGUCGAGACCACCGGGCUUCAUCUCGAAAGGAUCGUGGUUACUCAAACACCGCAUCUUACGAGAAAGAUCGGCCACAGCGCCCUCGUGAUUCAGACACCAGGAGCUCUCGACCGCGGUCAGGCAAGGGAAGGAGGGCCGAUCAAUAUGACGACAUUGACCGAAGCAAGGCUGAUGGCCCUCGCGGAGACCACGCCACAGAAGGUACUCAGUCCUGGAAUGGUGCUGUUCAAGGUAUCAGGGCCGGUAGUGUGUAUGUUGGCCCCAACUAUUACAGCUGA